AUGGAAUCGAUACAAGGCAUUACGGAUGGAGACCCGCCGGCGCCCACGCCUAAGCCCGCGACCACGCCAGAGCAACCCACAAUCACCAAUGGCACAUGCAGCCCGUCCACGCACCCGAACAUUAUAAUAGCAGGCGCCGGCCCAGCAGGCCUCCUCCUCGCCCUCCUCCUAACCUCUCCCUCUCCAAUUAGCCCCUCUUCCCCCACACCAUCUCCUCCGCUGCCCAUCAAAAUCACAAUCCUGGAGUCCUACCCCUCCCUCGACCACCGCCUCCGCGCAACCCAGUACGGCGUCCCCGCAACCCGCGUCUUCGCCCAGGUUCCUGGCUUGCUUCCCCGCAUCCGCGCCGCCAGCAUUGAGAGUUUCCCGCAGAUCUGCUGGCGACGGACACGGGGCUCGCAGCGAGGCGCGACAGACCCGAACAAUUCCUCCAGCGACAGCAACGGAACGGGCGAAAGGAACGAUGAAGCUGGCCCUGGCAAACGGACAGGCGAGGAUCAUGAAAUCUUGGUGACGGUCGAUCUGAGCGUGAUCAAGGAUCACGAGGAGAGGAUGGUUAUUCUGCCGUUGAAUAAGCUGACGGAGAUCAUGUAUGGGAUGUUGACGGAGCGCAAGGCCGUAGGCCAGGCGGAUGUUGAGAUUCUAUUCGAGCAUGAAGUCUUAGGCGUCGGCCAGGCUAUUGGAGAUCAGCAUGCCGAAGGGAAGGCGUGGGUUGAUGUGCGGGUCAAGGGUGAUGGUUCGCGGAAGGAGCAUGAUCGUGGCGAGGGGGGUGCAGGUGGUGGCGAGGUGGAGCACAUGAAGUUUGAGGAAAGAAUCCAGCGCUUCGAAGCCUCCUACAUCAUCGGAUGCGACGGGAGCAGAUCCGCGGUACGGAAGUCGUUGUUCGGACACCACUGGCCUGGCGUCACUUUCGACUGCCAUUUAUCAGUCCAAAACGUCUAUUACCCCGGCUUCGAAACCCAUAAUUGGACAGGAGGCAACUAUCUGAUCGAUCCUGAAUACUGGGGCCUGAUCGCCAAUCGCGGCAAGGGUGGUCUCUGGCGCGUUACCUACGGCGACAAUACUGUUGGUCUCACCGACGCUGAGUAUGAAUUGAGGCGCGAGAAGGCGUUCGAGGUCAUGUUGCCUGGCCACCCGAAAGCAGGGGAGUAUAAGGUGGAACAAACCGAUCAUUUCCGGACGCAUAAUAGAUGUGUGGACAGUAUGCGGGUGGGGAGGGUGUUGCUGGUGGGCGAUGCAGCGCACGUGAAUAAUCCAUGGGGCGGGUAUGGAUGUAUGUCUGCGGUGUUGGAUGCUGGAGGAUUGGCACAGUGUCUGAGGGGGUUGCUUGAGGGGAAAGCCGGGGAGGAGAUUCUGGAUUUGUAUGCGGAGGUGAGGAGGGAGAAGUUUUUGCAGUACGUAGAUCGGAGGAGCAGGAUGAAUUAUGAGCGGGUGAGGAAUGAAGAUCCGGGGAGAGUGGUCAGGGAGGAUAAGUUGAUGGGGAUUUUGAGGGGUUUGGAGGGGGAUGCGGAGGGGACGAAGGAGUUCUUGUUGAAGACCUCGAGCAUCGAGUACGAUUUCACGCAGCACUACCGUUGA